AUGCCGUCUGAGAGUCAACUGGAGUCAACGCCGUUCAUGGCUGGCCUGCGCAGGCAGGCACUGCAGGCAGUCAUGCGCUCGCUGGCGCUCGCCGCUGCCCGCUCUGCCCGUGCCGCUCCGCCCGUCAUCUUCCUACGCUCCGCCUCGCCCAGCCACUUCACCGGCGGCACCUUUCAAUCCGGUGGCCGCUGCCACAUGCAUGCGGAGCCCCUCUCACCUGCUACAGCGUGCGCACAUGCUGCCGAUUGCCGUGAUGCCGCAGCAGAGGAAGCUGUAGCAGCUGCCAGCGCUGCUGUAGCAGCUGCCUCUGAUGACCUUGCUGCCACUAUGCCUGGCGCCCCACCCUCUGCCGCGGCCGUGCAUGAGUCCAAGUCGGGGCAGCCCAGCAUCCCGUGGCUGCGCCUGCUGGACGCCUUCCCCCUCUCCCUCAUGCGCCCUGACGCCCACGUCGUGGCCUUCCCCCUGCUCUUAAACGCCCCCCCUCUGCCUCACCCGUUCAUGUCAGAGCAACCGCUGCUGCCCCACAGGCAGCUGCUGCCACAGGAGGUGGUGGUGAAUGGGUCUGUGGUGGGGCACGGCGAUGGCGCUGUAACGCGGGGGCGAGGGGGGCGAAUGAUUCGUGACUGCGUGCACUGGUGCCUGCCUGGCGUGCCUGACACCUGGAACGAGCUCAUGUAUGCCGACCUCUUGCAAUCUGACCUUCUUGGUGUCAUUUGA